UCUACGGCGUACCCGAGGCGGCAGAACGGGACUCGGCAUCAAUGGGUGACUUUGUGGAGAAGUUACUUCGUGAGGGCUUGGCGCUGUCCCAAGACGAGCUCGACUUACACAUUGAAAGGGCUCACCGCUCUUUAGGCCCUCAACCCCCAAGCGACGCUCCCCCGCGAUCUAUUAUUGUGAAAUUCCUCAGUUUUAAAACCAAAGAACUUCUCCUUCGCAAGGCAUGGCAGAAAAGAGGGUUUACCUGGAACGGCAAGCAAGUGAAUUUGGAUCAUGACUACCCCCCUCUGAUUUUGAAAAAACGAAGAGAAUACGCAGACGUGCGCAAGACUCUGAAGGAGCAGCAAAUCCCUUUUCAGACCCUCUUUCCCGCCCGGCUGAGGGUGAAAUAUGGAGAUGAAACAAAGAUUUACAACACGGUGGUGGAAGCUACUGAAGACAUGUCCAGUAGAGGCUACGCUGUGCGGGUCGUUAAGUCACCAGAAACGGUCCUGGAACAACUGAAGCAGCUGACCUGGAGCAGAGUACGUGGUGGACCGGGGAGUGGACCAGCAAACAAGAGGCGAGACCCCGCAGCCGGCUACAGAGAAAAACUCAGAGCCUUCAAGAGGACAUCUCCCACGCAUAAGGAAAAUUAAGGUCUAUCCGCUUUGUUAUUAAUAACCAAGACCUGCAUUUGGUUUAUGAUGUACAAUAAGUAAAUAAGGCAGGUUUCUCGUGG